CUUCCCUCAUUCUGCUCGCUCAAACAUCAAAAUCAAAAUGCACACAUCCAAAGCCAGAGUAUGACACUCAAGUCCGAGAAAAUCACCCUUGGUGUCUUUAUAGGAGCAACCGCUGUGGUCGCUGUACCAGUUACCGUCACCCUCGCAGCCUGGGGGGCUGGAUUUAGCAUCGGAGGUAUCAGUGCGGGAACCUGGGCCACAGGUUUCAUGGCCUCUUACAAAGGUGCAGUCGCUUCGGGUUCUGCCUGUGCGGCCUUACAGUCGAUCGGAGCUGGUACACUCCUCGCCGCUGGAACAACUGCUGUCUGUGCCACGGGCGGCGGCGCUGUUGGAGGGAUUGUGGCCGCAGCUCUUACGUCUGGGGAGGACGAGAAUGGUGGGAAAGGUAGCAGCAAGGAAGCCAGCGGAUAAAGAACGACAGCGAGAGCGACCACCUUAUUCGAGAGGCCAAGAACCUGACUUCAGCUGAGCCGGCAAGGACCACAAAGACCAAGACGUCUCUCUCUCCGUCGAGUGUGCUUCAUUUGCAGAUGUGCGAUGUAAACACCUUACCUAGUAACCAAAUAAAUCAACUGGUUC